CCGUGGCUGCUCCGCUGCGUCGUCUGCGACCUCUACAAGAUUCUCGACGUCGACCCCGCGGCGACGGGGCUGCUGCAGCCGCUGCUCUACUUCAAGGGGUUCCACGCGCUCACGCUGCACCGCGUGGCGCACCACCUGUGGGCGCGCGACGACGGCCCCGCCGACCGCUUCGCCGCGCUCCGCCUUCAAGCUGUGGCUCGCCUCGAGGUAGGCGCCUCCCUCUUUUCCGUCGACAUCCACCCGGCCGCCACCAUCGGACCGGGGGUGAUGCUGGACCACGCGAGCGGCGUCGUGAUCGGCGGCACCGCCGUGGUCGGCAGCGACGUGUACAUGCUGCACGGCGUCACCCUCGGCGCCACCGGCAAGCCGAUGCACGGCGCGAAGCGCCACCCGACAAUCGCCGACUCGGUGACGCUGGGUGCGGGCGCGACCGUGCUCGGCGACAUUCUCGUCGGCAGCGGCGUCACCGUCGGCGCGAGCGCCGUGGUGACGCGCGCCGUCCCCGAGGGCAGCACGGUCGUCGGCGUCAACAAGGUGCUCGACGGCAGCCAGCGCCCGCCGAGCGAGGCGGGCGAGGAG